UGAUUAAUUAUAUUGGCAGUGAAGUCAGCAUGGUAUGUUUAAGGCCAAGUUAACAUCCCAAACAAUUAGCUACAAUCGAGCCCUUAUCCAGAACAAUGCAAGAUGUUUACCCUAAGGUACCUCACCUUUGUCGAUGCAUUGAAAUAGCAGCUGAUAAGGCAUUAGUAUACCUGUGUUGGACUGUAUAGGUUUCUACAGUGGUUUUGAGAGGUAAAUGUGAACUAUUUGGGAAGUUUAAUACCGCCAUCAGCCGAUUUAUUACCAUAAUAAAGUUGCAAGUAUUUGAUUUUUUUUUUAAGCAAUUGAAAUUCACUUCGUUUAGUUCCAUUGUUGGUCGACAUUGUUCUCUGGGCGAACCUUGUUGCACAUCGAAAAGGAUAUGUAGAAUUGGCAGGUCCGUUUCCGUUUUUUGACAUUCCCAUUCAAUCCUUUAUUGGGAUAAGUCAUCGCCUCACAAUGGGAAUUAAAAGACUCUUCCCAUUGAUUUUCCUCUUCCUUAUAUACACCAAGUUUUGCAACGCCGAUUGCAUCAACUUUUUCAAAAAUUCAACUUAUAUUCGUAUCAACGAUAAUUCGACGUUUGAAAAGGGAACACUUGUAGCUGACUAUAGCACAGGAGUUGGAAGUAAUACACUGAUGUUCACCAGUCAAGAAUGUUAUAGAGUGUUUGAAAUAAAUGGAAGUAGACUUUUUCUUAAGGAAAACCUUUUGGAUCAAAGUGUUUGUGACAUAAAAGACAUGACUUGUGGAUGGAAAUGUAAUACUGCUAUUUCUUUGAGCAAUACACUCUUCGUCGUUAUCGAAAGAAUUUCAAGAGGAAUUCUUGAAUUCAGAAACUCGAGCUACGAGAUCUUUGUGCCAGAGUCUGCAAGUAUCGAGACCAAACUGAUUUCCUUCAGGGCUCAAGAUUUAAAAAGAGAAGAUUGUGUCAGCAUGCAAAACAUUUUCUUUUUAUCCAUCGAUGAGUCGUUCUUUCAUUCGAGACUGGACAACGGCAUAUAUAGCAUAUUCCUUAAAAGCAAGCUAGAUUAUGAUCAACCAAUCAAUAGAUUUAACCUUACUGUCACAGUGAUAGAUGCUGGCGACGGUUUGCAAAACAGCACGAUCCUUAAUAUACAAGUUACUGAUGUUGAUGAUAUGGAUCCAGAGUUUGACCAUAACGAAUAUUAUUUAAACAUAACAGAAGAGAACACGAAUAUUGUAAAUGUGACUACUACACCUCCAAUCAAUGCCACAGACAGAGACAAGGGGGAUGGUCGACAAGAAGUAUACUAUAGAUUUGAUAAUGACAAAAACAGCAAAGAUUGCUUUACCAUUGACAAGAUAUCUGGGAAAAUAUCAUUAACAUGCACUCUUGAUAGAGAGAAUACUACUGAUUACAAGCUUACAAUAAAGGCGGUCCAGCGAAACACAGAAUCCAGAAGCUGCACAGCAACAUUAUUAGUGAAAGUUUUGGAUAUAAAUGACAAUAUACCUGUAUUUAAUCCGACGGAAUACCGAGCAAACAUCACAGAACAUUCCAGAAUGGGGACAACAGUCGUUCGUCUUCUUGCUACGGAUUUAGACGAAAAUCCUGUCACCCGUUAUGUGAUACUAUCACCCUACAACGAUACCUUUUCAGCCAGAGACAAUGGAGACGUCAUCGUGCAAAAUCCGUCUAAAAUAGACCGAGAAACUGGCAACGGGACAGUCAUAAUUAAAGUGAAAGCGUUGGACGGUGAAUCAGGACUGUAUUCAAGUUCAACUGCAACAGUUCAUAUAAUACUGUUGGACGUAAACGACAAGGAGCCAGUAUUUCAAAAACCGGAGUAUGUUUUUCCUCUUCCCGCUGAACCAAGCGAAGGAUUUGAAAUAGGAGAAGUGAAGGCUAUUGAUGAUGACCAAGUUAAUACACCUAAUUCCGAUGUUAGAUACAAACUGCAGCCAACAAUGUUUUCUAACUUGUUUGCAAUACACAACAAAACUGGUAAGAUAACCGUUCAAAAGAAGGCUCCGACCUCUGCAGGUGUUAUAGAGUUGGUAGCUCUAGCUCAGGACCGGGGAAUACCUCCACUCCGAACAUCUGUCCACAUUCUGUUGUCGCGAACAGUUGUAAUCGGCAAAACUGUAAAUUUUACUGUUCCAAGAAGUAUGGAGGAAGUUAAGAGCCAAAAGGAAAACAUUCAAUCGGGCAUUGGACGAAUAUUAAAUCUUACAGUAUCUGUGGAAAAAAUAGAAGAAGUUGUGAACCACAGAUCUAUGUGCUACCUAAAUGUAACAGCAAAGUACCAUAACAAUUCAGACGUUCCAGGAGAUGUACUUCAAAGCAUAAUUUUACAACAUAUGAGCGACAUCCUUGCACUUUUUUCAAAUCCAAAUUCAUACAAGCUGGAGGCCUCGCAGGAAACCUUUACACCUACUGUCAUCGCCCUAAUCGUCAUUAGUGUACUCAUGUUUAUAGGAAUCAUCGUUCUCAUCGGCUACAUCCACAGCACAACAAAAAAGUUUAAAAGGCACCAACAGCUUCAUCAACACCUUACUCGACAAAGUUCACUUUAUGAAUCCCAAGAAUUGAAAAUUGAAAUGCCUGAUGAACAAACUUCGGACUACAAUGGUUCAAUAAAUGGCUCACAUAGUCUUCGAAACUCAACAACCGGUGAUUUGAAAGAAGGAGUAGUCUCUGCAUUUACAAAUCCAGCUUUUAUUACUGACGAAACUGAAAUAAAACUAACGGCGGCAGAAGAAGAAGCAGAACAAAGUCUGAAUGAUUUGACAAAUCGACUUGAGGCAGAGGAGAACAAAGUUAUGAUCGUUGACAGUUAUAAUCCAUCUGAAAGUGACAUUGAGUUGGAUCCAAUAAAUGGCUACGAAAAUACCCCUGCGAAAUUCGCUGAAGCAACUCCAAAGGAUUAUGAAAAUGUUCCACAUACUUUUAAAUCUGCGGACCUGCCGGAGGAUUACCCAUCUAAUGAUCAAAACGAAGCAGAUUCUGAAAAUAAUACAAACGAAAAUAUGGACGACGAUGAAGAACCAAAUCCGGACUAUGAAGUAAAAGCGGUUCGUUUUUCUGCGCAAGUACUUGAUACAGAAGAAAAUAAAUUCGAACCACUGAGAGAAAAGGAGGACAAAACAGACCUAAGAAAAGACGAAGAAUCUGGAGAAGACCUUGAUGAAGAAGAGAAUAAUGUAGAGUCAGGUGACCAUGUGAAUGAAGACUUGGAAGAAGACAAAGAAGAUGAUUUUGGUGACGGAAUAGAAAAUGAACGCACUGAUGAGGAAAUUCUGUCUCCGAACGAAGUUCUGCAAGAGGAAAAAAGUGAAAACGAGGAAGACAUUCCUCAUUUUUCUUUUGAUACAAAAAUGUGAUUUCUUUGUUUAAAAAAUUUGCAAUCGCAUUGUAAUGAACAAUGGCCCCAAUGUCGAAAUCAAAGCAAUCAAAUGGGAUUAUUUCUCAGAAAAUACUUGAAAUCAUCAACGAACACCUUUUUUUCAUAACAAUUAACUAACUUUCAAUCUGUUUUGAAGUCUUGUGUUUCCGAGAAAUAAACCAAUUGUGAGUCAGUGAAAAUUGUGCAUUCAAUUUGCAUUCUAAAAAAGAUAUGAAAGCAAUUCAGGUUUUAUUAGUAUAGAGUUAUUCGGUUUAUUUGGUGUGAUUAAUGAUAAGUUAUGUUUUUGUAUUUUGUUUUCUAUAUUCAAUAUAUAAACUGCUAUGCAUAUCUUGCCAAUUUGUUGUUUAUAUAGUUUUUGUUCUCUUAUGUAUUACAAUACUUCUUUGAAAUGUCCUAUAGCUUUACGUUCAAGAUCUUAAUUAUUUUUAGUUGAUUUACAAUGUUGGAAAUAGAAAAGAUGUAUUUAGGCAAUGAACAAUGAUAUAUGUUUAUAGAUCUUUCACGCAUAUGUAACAAUUUCUAUAAAAUGGUAGGGUUUUUUUUUAUGAAAGAAGAGUUGUCUAGCAUUUGAUUAGUAGAUUUCAGGUGUAUUUGACUGAGUUGUAAUAUCCUAUAGAGAAUAUAUCUGAUUUUUUAUGUGUUUUGCUUUGAUCUUGGCUAUUUGAAUUCCAUUGUUUUAUGUUUUUGAUAUUUGUUUAUGUAUCAGACUAUAACAGAUUAUAUUAUCCAGUUUGCAUAUUGUGUGCUGAUGACUUUAAAGACUUUUUAGAAAAGUAUGUGAUUUGAUAAAUAAAAUUAAUAAUCAAAAAUAGGUACUGUGGUAUGUUGCGAUUUUUACUAUUUUUUUCGUAUUUUAGAGAGAUUCUACCCAUUUUAAGCAUGUAUAUUGAUUGUAAUACUAUAUUUUAAGCAAUAUUUUUUAAGAAGUGUUUAUACUUCAAAAACUGUAAAACAGAUUUCAUUGAAAUACUGUGAUUUCAUUAUUAUUCAUUGAGCACCAAUUUUUGUGGAUUUCAUUCUUGAGUAAGUUUACAAUGAAAUAAAAUUACAAUUUCUUAGGCUCAAAAGUUACAAGGCACAUAUACUUAUGGGGGAUUCCGUAAUGAUGUAUUUUAUCAAUCCACGAAAAUAUACAUUCACCGAUAUUAAUGAAAUCACAGUACCAUUCUUUACAUGUAUUAUGUUAUUUAAUCUAAUUAAAUUAAAUACACAAAAACUUUUGUCCGAUAAUUUUUC